GUCCGGGGUGACCGGCCACCAGCCGGUAAGCUUACCGUAGCAGACCCGUGGUCGUCUUCUCUCCGAGCCUUCAGCCUCGGAAUUCCGGACGAGAAAUCAGUAACCCCCUCUCGUGCUAUAAAUAUCACCCAUUGCCUCUUGCAGCCCUGGGCGUGUUAUCAUAUCCAGAUCGCUAAAUCCGCAGAUAUUUUGCAGCAAUUCCGGCAAGAGAAAGUUGCUGAGUGGCUAAAGAUCAAUGAGCACCAUGGCAGUAUCAUCUGGGGCAGCAGCAAAGUCUACACUCAACCCAAAUGCCCCGCUUUAUAUCCCGGCAGCAUUUCAGCUGGUGGAGGAUUUCUCCCCUGAGUGGUGGGAGCUGGUGAAGACAAAUGCAUGGUUCCGAGAUCACUGGCUCCAGCAGCACCAGGAACAAGAAACUUUUGAUGGCGAUGAUGAGGAGGAUGUUGUAAAUCUGCUUCCAGACUCUUUCGAUCUCGGCCUUGCGGAUGAGUUGUCCAUUCUUGAGGCAGAGUUUGAAGAAGCAGCUUACCACCAAACUGUGGGUGCUGAAGAAUUGGUUUCUGGUAUUCAGAAGAAAGAUAAGCUAAAGCCUGGCUUGGAGAGUGAUGCAGAGGCAGUGAUCAGGACCCUGAACUUGAAAUCACCGAUGAAUGGCGGGGUUCGACCUGUUGUGGAGCCGAAGCAUCGGGAGAAGCCAUUGCAGUGCGUGAGCCCAAAGUGCAGCCCUCGCCGCAUCAUUCAUCAGCCCCGUUGAGAACUUAUGUCUGCUGCCUUUGCAAUGGUGGGAAGCAGUCCAUGUCUAGUAUCUCUAUGCAACUUUAACGUACCUUUGUCUGGAACUAAAAUGUAGCGCAUAGUAUUGUCCGGUUCUUGUUCAGGCACUGUGUUCAUCCAAUUAGCUCUGAGAAAGAAAACAGAAAAAGAUGUAAUGUAAAAUAGAGAAAAAAGAGUUGUAGUUUAGUUCAGGAAAAAAGCCCCAUCAUGUGCAAUUUUUGUUGGAUAUUUUUCCAUUGCUGCAAAUGGUCAUGAAACUAUCUUUCG